GAGAGACAGGAAGGCUUGCCAGCCCACCCAGCCCCGGCUUCUGCACGGCCGGAUCAGGGGAAUUCAGAGUCCCAUCUUUUCCCCUGAUUGGAGUAGAGCACUUCUUCCAGAAAGGGGAACUUAAUCUUGAUGGAGGAACUACAAGAAGUGAACAGCCCCCUGCACACCGAGGCUUGCAACUGAGUUGAUAAAGAGAUGUACAGCUGAGGUGGCACAUGAACCUUCAUAGCAGUUCUGUGCAGCAGCAUGAUGCUUAUCCCCUGCUCUUCCUAAUGAUGUGCAUCACUCCUAGUGAGCUGGACCAUCAGCAGAAGCCCAGAAAGGCAACUCCUCAGCCAGGAGAAGAUACCUUGAACAGCCAUCUUCCUCCAGGCUGGCAGAGCUAUAUGUCUCCCCAGGGCCGCAGGUACUAUGUGAACACCUUCACAAACGAGACAACCUGGGAGCGGCCAAGCAGUGUGCCUGGGACCCCGAAGAGCCCUGUGACACAGCAGAGCCCAGCAGUGAAUGGCUACCACAUUUCUGGGACCCCGGUACAUCAACUAGACUCUGCUCACAUGAAUCUCCGAAAAGCCAGUGGGGACCCCCAGACCCCGGGGUCCCCGGCGGCGCCGCGGAGGCAGAGCAAGGAGAGCAGCCUGACGAUAAACUGUGUAACUUUCCCCCACCCUGACAUAAUGCCAGAGCAGCAGUUGUUGAAACCUUCAGAGUGGAGCUACUGUGAUUAUUUCUGGGCUGAUAAGAAGGAUUCACAGGGGAACAAUACGGUGUCAGGAUUUGAAAUUCUUCUUCAAAAGCAACUUAAAGGGAAACAAAUGCAGAAAGAAAUGGCAGAGUUCGUUCGAGAAAGGAUAAAGAUUGAGGAGGAAUAUGCUAAGAACCUGUCCAAACUGUCUCAGAAUUCCUUGGCUGCUCAGGAAGAAGGACAAUCUUCACUCACUGUGGCCCAGGCAAACCGGAAGAUAGGACACCUGUGGUAUAGAGGAUUGUACCUAAAAUUACACUGUCUGGAAAAUAACUUCUCUGACAGAAAAAGCACACUGGGAGAGGCUUGGGCUCAGCUGAAGAAGAGUCUUGCUGAUGAAGCAGAGGUUCAUCUCAAAUUUUCUUCUAAGCUUCAGAGCGAGGUAGAGAAACCCCUGCUCAACUUCAGAGAGAACUUUAAGAAAGACAUGAAGAAGUGUGAUCACCAUAUUGCAGACUUAAGGAAGCAGCUGGCCAGCCGCUAUGCAGCGGUUGAAAAGGCCCGGAAAGCUUUGACAGAGAGACAGAAGGAUCUGGAAAUGAAAACACAGCAGCUGGAGGUGAAGCUCAGCAACAAGACAGAAGAGGAAAUUAAAAAGGCAAGGCGGAAGUCUACUCAGGCAGGAGAUGACCUGAUGCGUUGUGUGGAUCUUUACAAUCAAGCCCAGUCCAAGUGGUUUGAGGAAAUGGUGACCACCACUCUGGAGCUUGAGAGACUGGAAGUUGAAAGGGUAGAGAUGAUUCGGCAGCAUCUCUGCCAGUAUACACAGCUGCGGCAUGAGACAGACAUGUUCAACCAAAGUACAGUAGAGCUUGUGGAUCAGCUGCUUCGGAAAGUGGAUCCUGCCAAAGACAGGGAACUGUGGGUAAAAGAACACAAAACUGGAGAUAUUCGACCUGUGGACAUGGAAAUAUAGACUGUUCUUACAGUUGUGAUGAGCCCACUGAAUUAACCAGGCUAAUGUUUUCUUUUAGGGGUCAGAAGAGCAUAGGGCAAAGGUUGUUCCACUACCAGACACCUUGUAAUUUAUGCCUGUAUAGGCUGUCUGUUAAAUUUAGUCAUAAAAAUGGUCCUUGUGCUAAGCCUUAAGCACCGAACAUUCCAGGGUGAAGAAAAUAGAUCUGUGCUUCCCGCCAGAGUUUCCCAAUUGCACUCAGAUUCCAGAAGAAAUCUACUUUCUGGUACAGAGAGAGCUCUACUCUUCAGUGACUUUUGUGCUACAUCCCUUGCAUGACUAUCGUAUAUAUUAUGCUAGAACAACCACUCAGUGCGCUUCUGGCCGACCAGCAAGUAGGUAACCGAACACAGUGCAGGAGGCAAGGAAGUGCCGAUCAAGAAUCCCAGGCCUGUCACUGACUGCAUUCAUAACCACAGACAAGUCAAUAAACUUUUCUGGCUCCCCCAUCAGUUAAGCAUACACAUCUUGCAUUAAUGUUGUAUGAAUACAUUUAUUUCAUAUAACAUAGUUUCCCACAAUGGCCCUUUGGAAAUACCUACAGAGAAGACUCCUGUUCUCCCUGCUUUAUACUCCCUCUCAGGGAUAUAUAAACCUAUGAUCAUCAUUUUUGUGCUAGGCCAAUCUAUAAAGUGUUACCAUCCCUGUUAUUUAACAGGAAAGAUUUGGUUGUGCUGUACCUACCUCAUGAGCUGUUGGAGUGCUCUCAGUGACAGAAGGAGGCUGCAUAGCAAGGAAUAAAUGAGAUGUUCUAAAGCUUUCUGCUUAUGCAGGAUAAUUUCUCAUGUUAUCUUCUUAAAGACAGCCCUCUAACAUUUUGUUUAGGAUCUAGAUUUAAAUUGUUCUUUGUUGUUUUCUUCGGGUGAGUAUCAGAGCCUUUAGCUAUAUUUAUUUACCAAAUUUGUGUAGAGAAAUUGUGCUCUUUUUAGAGCCUGAUUUUCAAAGGUGCCAUGUAUCUGUGAUUCUGGACUGCGUCAGGUGUUGAUGUAGGUGCCCAGCAUUUUUUUAUCAGAUUCUUACUGGUUUCUCCAUUCUUAUCUAUAGUGCGAUGUACCAAAAAUUCAGUGCAGCUCCUGGUACAGUGUUGUGUACUUUGGAGACUGGUUUUCAAAAGGUAUUUUCUUCUCCCACUGUUUUUUCAGAUUGUUGCUGUUAAUCUGUUUUCCAGCUUCUCUUACUCAAGAUUCUUCAAGUUCUGCAGAAAGAGGGAGGUUCUGCAGUCUCCCUCUUGCAGAUCUUCAGAAGCUCUGCCUGGGUAUGGUCUUGAACCAAUGCCCUUGGUGGCCGUGCUUGAACAGUGGGUUUUGACCAUAUGAUCUUUAGAGGUCCUUUCCAAACAACCAUUUUGUGAGUCUGUGAGACCUUCAUUCUCACCACUGUGGCCUUUCCUCAUUGUGUACUGUAGUGUUAGUUGCUGUUUCCCAAACAGUGUUAUUCCAUUUGAUCCACAUUUUUGUUCCACUUUUAUCUCGUUAAUGUUCCUUUUUCUGCAGUAUGAAACUUGUCUUUCAUUUAUCUACUCUUCUAGGCUUUUCUUCACAAGUCUCAAAUUACUGUGCUGUGAGAAGAUCACUGAGAAUUAAUCUUUACAAAUACAAGCUGAGACGCAGAGAAGUCUUAUCUGAAAUACCUUUUUAAUAUGAUUGCAAGUGACUGUUUUUCUGGCUCAUCAUUUCAAACUUGCAUUUUCCUGUUGUUCCUUUUUUUCUUUCCCCACCAUUUCUUUACUAGUACAGAUUCAGAAAUUAUUUACCUGAGUUAUUCCCAUCUUGCAAAUGUCUCUUCAGCUCCUUUCUCUGCUGUGUCACUAGCUUUAUAAACCUUUGCACAUCAGCGGGUGCAGUGUUGUGACUGAUGCAUGCUUAGGAUCAUUGUUCCUGGUGUUACUGAUUGUUAGAGCUGACACUUCUUACACUGCACUUUCGUUACGCAGUUCAGAAUUUGCAGCUGUAAUUUUAUUCUUGGUGUUGGAAGCACCCAGCAUGCUGAUACUUGAAACAUGGUUUGCCUAGGUAUUGCUCAGUCCUUGAGCUCAGUGAGACUACGCACUCUUCCCUCGCCUUCUGUUCUGCUUGAAUGGGGAGGUUUUGUGCUAAUUUGUCUUUUCCAGUCUUCCUUUUCAUUUACACUCUGUCCUCAGUAUGAUUCUUACUGGCAUACUUAUGUGUACUGCUGUCUCUUCCAUGUACUUCGGAGGGCAGGUAUUUUUGGUUUGUUUUUUGUUUUCUUUAAACGACAAAUGCAUGGUGAGCUUUCAAAACUUCAAUGACCAAAAUUUAGUGAUGUACUUAAGAGCUGUAUCUAAGGUUGACCCCUGUAUUCUAAGCCAUAUUGCACAUUUGAAUGAGCAACCUUGAUGACCUGUCACCACAAGCAUGGUUUGAUUACAAAAACAAGCUAGUUGUGCACUUUAUAUGGUAUUCUCCUUAUUAAAUAUAUGAAAUACUCUGUUAGCAAUAACAGUUUAUUUUUUCCUCACUUUUUUCCCACAUAUUUUUAUCAUUUUACCUGUUUGGGGCGUGAAAUGCUGUCCAUUAGCACAGGUUUUGCUCAGGACUGAAAUUUAUUUUCGUUCCUCUUCUAAGGCAUUCUUAAGCUGCUCUCAAUUCUCAGUUGAAUUUUCUGAUGACUUGGGGUUUAUUGGUUUUGUUUGUUUUUAAUUAUAUUAUUUCUAGACAGUUUUCCUACUUGUAAUUUUGAUCCAUUUGAAAUGUUGCAGGAAAGCAUCAGCUGCACAGAAUGAUAAUUUUGGUGGACGCUGUAUCUUUUUUCUUCCAAAACACAAGGAGAGCCCUUUCACCUAGCUGCUGCUUGCCUUUACUAUGCUCAGCAAAUUCUCACUUGGAACUACUUGGCAAUGCGUGAAAUGCUUCCUUUACAAUAAGACUUAAUAAUAAUUUUCUAGCUGGUGAAAGUAUUAGGAGUGUUUUGCUAUUGCUUGUAAAUAGUUUCCAUCUUAUUUCCUGGGAAUGAUACACCUUUGUGGUACCACAGUGCAGAAAGUGGGAUCUGUGAUUCUUUCCCCAUUGCACUUUCUGACUGAUGGAUCUUGGACAACAUGAGGCAUUACAAAUCAGAGAGUGCUGGAGACCUGGUGUUUCUGAAUGGACUGCAUCUUUAAAGCUGGUAAUGGUGUUUUUGUUCCUAAGAGGUGACUCUGGGAAUUUCAGCACUUCUUUAUUCAUCUUCCAAUAAAUUGCAAAAAAAGCAGUCGUACCCAGUCUUUACUUCUCCAGACCAAGAUCAAGCUUCAUGUUAUGCUGCAGCGUGCAUGGGAAAGCACACGGAUGUUUCAGUGUAACUGACCAACAGGAACAGCAAAAUAGGACUCUUGCCUCCAUAGGUCCUGAGCCCAGGUGUGAUCUCGUUCUUUUUUCUGGCAGGCGAGUGCACACAUCAUACAAGUUUUUACUGUUUGAGUCACUGCAAAUAAUACACUUUUUUGUGGUUUGGUGUGGCUGUCUUGCAUCUUCACAUGGCUCCUUGGUCACAGAGUAGAAAAUGGGCUUUUGAUCAGCAUUGAUAAUUCUUACCUAAAGAAGUACAGUUCAUGGGAAUUUGCAUCUGACUCUCAUCUUGUAGGCCAUCUUGCCGUGGUGUUUUUUGAAGCUGCCUGAGUUUCAGAGCCCUGGCCCUCCUGUGCAGCUCCCUCUCUACCCAAGUGGUGUAGUGAUGUUCUGGUCUCAUGCUGCCAAGCCUCUGGUUUCCCAGUGAUCGAUUUCUGCUUCAACCAGAGCUUUUAAGCUCUUGUCUGAGCUAGAGGGCUUCAUGAACUCCUGUGGCUUUGAGCCCUUUGAGUGCUCUCAGUCAAAACAGACGAAGUUUUAUGCAACUGUAACCUCAGCUUCCUAACAGAAUGCUGACAUUUUAUUCAUCAUUUGUUCCAGCCUGCCUGUAUGCUCUAUUUUCUGGCUUAAGGCACCGUUAACUCAAUAGGAAGCCCCUUUUGUAUUUCCUUGAAGUAUUCUUUCACGCUUUUUUUCCUAACAGUAUUAGUUCUGGAUCCAAUGCUGCUGGCAGAUUUCUGUUUGAAUUAAUGAACUGAAAGCGAUGACCUAUUUGCCACGUGAGCCAAGUUCACUCUGUCACUGGCAGCAUUCCAAUUGCUUUCAUAAAGCAAGAUCCAAAAAGGCCUAAUUCUCAAAUUUCCAACCUGCUGCAGAUUCUCUAAUGUCCAUAACCCACGUCUGCCAGUUGCAUUUGUAUGUUGAUCCUGGUGACUCUCAUCCAACUUAGGAUGUUCCAUGAUUCUGUGGAAUUCUGUUGAAAGACUGCAGUUGUUCUCUUGUAGGAAAUCUGUUAUUUGAUACCAAGAUCUUCAGAGAUGGUUUUAUUUUAUUUUUUUAGAUGAUGAAAGAUGGUAACAACAUUGCAAGGCAUGGGAAUCCUGCUUAUGUUCUCAGAAUACUUCUUCCCUUAUGCAGCCCUGCCUGAGCUACUGUGUAGUAGCUGUGUUCCCUCCAUGUUGAAGUUACAGUACAUAUCAAAGUUGUUUUUCCUUUCACAUGUAACAGGUAGCAUGCAAACUUGUUCCCUGCUUUUCUUUGCACUUUAUGCACCUUGAGUUUUGUGUUGCAGAGUUAACUGUUAAUUGCAACCUUGUAGUGACAGCAAGUAUAGCUAUCUUGGGAUGGUGAAUUGCAUGCAAAUCACCUUUUUAUUUUUUUGUCCUAACUGGAGUUUUCUAUAAAGCAUUCAUGGGAAGCAUUUACAGUAUGCUGGUGAAAGUCCUAACUGCCCAGACAUUCUCAAAAUGUCUUUGCACUUGUAUCUUUUUUACAUCAUCCUUCAAAUACUUGCUGGAAAUGAUCUUCUACAGUCUUUAUGUAGAAAUGUCCACUCUUCUUUUGACCUUCUGUUUGGAAGUGCUGAGCACUCAGAGGUUUCUAGGAGGUGAAGAGAGUGUGCAUGGGUAAUAACAGAGACUUUGAAAAUCAGGCCACUGAUUAGAAAUGCACAAACUUUUUCUUUUUUUUUUUCCUUAGUCUUUCAGUACAUAUACAAGGAAAUACUGAGAAAUGAGAUUCUCCAAUACUUAAUCUAUAUAGCUGUUGUAUGCUGUUCUCAGCAGCUCUGUGAGUGAUACUGUAGGCUGGGGUUGGAGCACAGCUCUAGAGCACAGGCUGACAGCUCUCCUGUUGCAGUCCCAAUGAUCGAAAUCCCAAAUUAAGUGAAAAAAAGGCUCUGACCAUCUAUUUCUUUAAUCGCACACAGACAGAAAAAGAGCAUUGCUUACCCAGGUGGAUCCUUCACAAUGAAGCACCUUAGAAAUCCCAACCAGCACCUUUAAGGCACCCCUGGAGUGAGUAGAUGAGACUUCGCGUGAUCAGUUGUUUGCUUUAUUCUGAACAGAAAAAAAGCCAACUAUUUGCUAUUUUGUAAUAGCCAGCAUAUUAUUUUGCACUAGUAUAGCCUGCUGGGCAUGUUCCUAGAGGUGAGGUUCGGACUUUGUUGUCAUGAAAGAGCAGUGUGGUGUUCCCUGAUCACUGAGCUUUCUGGAUCAUCUUAGGCUUUUUGCUAUCCAGCAUGUGUUGAUACAGGAGAAGGAAGUCCGAGAGGUGGUGGUUACCAAAGCGUUGCUGUGAAUAAUUCUUGCUAUUUGGGCAUUCCUCCUGAACUCAUAUAGCGAUCAAGAGGAGCUCUCUGGUGUCCUUCAGUGCAUGGUGGAGGCAUCUGACAGUUCACAGAGGAGCCUGCUGGUCUCACUUAACCAGGUGGACAACAGUCACAGACAAAUUGCAUUGUACGUGGAAGCUAGUAAAAUAUUGAGCUGCCCCGGUGAAAUCUGAGCUGCUCAACUAGGCACUCAUCUCCCUCAGAGCCUUCCUUGCUGCAGUAACAGGCUCCUCUCUCUGAAUUUUGUUUAGUGUCCAAAAGUCAGUAACGUUCCCUUGUGCCUGUUCCUUGGCCAGCACCUGGUUGUGCCUGCAGGAAACCGGUAGGUGGCAACACCACACUGAUGACCGAGGAAUGUUUUUUGGAUUUGGCAAUAGCAUCGUGUGCUGUGCCACUGCAUUGAACGGGCUGUAAAACAGGCUGCAUCAAGCCUGGUGUGCCAGUGUUCUCCAGUAAUUUGGAACGUUCAGUCUUUCUGUUGCACAAUGGCAGUGUCAUCUUUCACAUCAGCAAGUCCUUGUCUUUUCCUGAGAAGAAUGGUUGUUUUUAAAUAAUAUCCAUUACUUUAUCUAAUGGUAGAUGUUAUUCACAUAAGAGUGCAUCAGUCAGUUCUUACUUCUUCAUUGUUACUGUACCCACCGCUCCAUCACUGAGAUACAGCGCUUUCCAAGAUGUUCACAGAACAUCUCUUUAAUGUUCUGCCUGAACUUCAUGCUUUUGGAUAUUUUCUGAGAGUAGGGAGUGCUUGUUUUUUGUUGGCUUGUUUUGGUUUCUGUUCGGAUUGUUCCUCCAAGCCACUGGGUUUGGAAGUGCAGUUACUCUUUUUUGUUUUGGCCACAGCGUCUUUUCUGGAUAUUUUUUCUGAAGGGACCAACCCAUAGCACAAUUUGACUUAAAUUUCUAAUCUCAUGUUCCUGAAAGUAGAAACCUUUUGUGCCUAAUGAAACAUCUGAUUCUAACAAUUGCACAUGGAUAAAACCUUCUAGAGACCAAUAUAAAUCAUGUCUUAUAAUAAUAGCAUAAUAAUUACAGAAAAAAAUGUAUAUAAUUUUGAAAUAUUCAAAUUUAAUUCCCUCAACUUACAUUAAGUUGAAUUGUUCCAGGUGUGUCGUACAAGACAAACUCAGUGGAUGUUCAAAACAAAAGCUUUUCAGCUGCUGUAUUCAGGUUCAGGAGUGCACAAGACCUUCAUUUUUGGUAUAUGCGAUCUUUCAAGGCUACUGAUCUCACAAAUAACUGAGCAAUGGCUUCUAUCACAACCCUACCAAAAUUCAUCCAGUAGUUCCCCUUGAAGUGCCUAUUUAAACUAUACCUGCUACAACCAUAUAGAAUACACAGAUUCAACCUACGAAUUUUCAGAACUCAGGAGCAGCCAGUACACACCGAGCCGUGCAGGAUUCCCAGCCCUCCUUCUUUGUUCUGUACUGUGCACUCUUUUUAGGGUAUCUGCAUACCCACAGACCUGCCUUGAUCUCACUAAUCAAUUGCAGUCCAACAUAGGCAUCAUAAAUUCUUAGUGCUGAAAAUGGAGUAGAAAAUGUUAAGCCAUAUUAAACUUAGACGUAACUGCUUUGAAGGACAAUUACUGACUUAAUUUGCUGAUACAUCCUUCAGUAUGGGGGUCUCAGUAGAAUAAGAAUUGUGCAUAAAAAUAGUUGAGUACGUGGCAUUUGGGAUUUAACUAGUGCUGUUUUGUAAAAACAAACCGUAACUCUUCUUUAAAGCAGUUACUUAAAACAAUUUUGUCUGGUACUGGAAGUCUAUAAAGCUGAAUGAUUUCAGGGAUCGCCUAUCUGCACAACAUGACAAUUUUAGUCAUUCAAAUUUGGAAAUGCUCAAUGUGAAAUCCCACGUUCCUUUGGAUAUUUUUUGAUGUGGUGAUAGAGAUUUUCAAAAUAGUAUAAGGAAUUUUGAUAUCCAUUUACCACUGUGUUACUGCACUAUGGCAGAAACACGCUUUACGGACAGCAACAUCUAUCCAUUUUGGAAAAAGCAGGCAGUAGUACUGGGCAAAUCUUUUGUUCUCCUAAAUUUCCUCUGGCAGCACAAGACAAGGAAAGGAAAAUUCUACCAAAAGUUUUGCAGACAUUCCAGCAGCAGGGAUUCAGAGGUAGGCCAGGUCAUUACUCAUACAGUUAAACAGUUUUCUACUAAAAUAAGGUUGCCUAUUUGGUCUUUUUUGCGUAAUUUGCUAAAUACUAAAAAAUUUCUAAACUUUUAGAAAAGUUGUCUUUUGACAGUACUAAUGACUUCUUUUUGAAGACGUUUAACCAGUAUUUUAUAACUUUCCAUAAAUUCUGGCUGACAAGGCCCCUUAAAAUAGUUUAUGUAUCAUGCAGCCUCUAUCUGGGUAAUUAGUAAAUCUUGGGUCACUGUGCAAAUUAUAGGAUGGGUUUUGUUCCAUAAAGGUGCAUGAUGGAAUCACCAAACUGAAGGAUUUGAAUGCAGGAAAGAUUUAAGGGGCAGAUCUUCAGCUUGGGUGAACUGCCAGAGUUUGGUGGAAGAUACUUGAUGUCAGUUAUGGAUCUUGUCCUUCAGUGUUGAAGGCAUUUCCUCUACAUAUUUUCUGUCUUUCUGUAAAACUAUUUCAUAUGGUUAAACUGUAUUUUGCUAUGUUGUUCUGCAAGUUUAUAUGCACCACAGUGCUCAUCUCAUCUCCUGUAAAAUAAACUGUACAGAGAAAUAUUGAGCAUGGAA